GGAAUUUGCGAAGCUGCUCUGUGUCCUCUUGAAAGAGUUCAAGUACUUCUUCAAACUUCGGCAUAUCACGAUCGCUUCAAGAACACGGGCCAGAUUCUACGUGCUUUAAGAGUGCACGGAUAUCGCGAGUAUUACCGAGGACUUUCUGUAGUGCUUGCUAGGAAUAGUCUGUCGAACGCACUUUUUUUCACGCUCAAGGAACCAUUUAAAAAAACGGUUGUAGAAAUCAGGCCUUUGCGGAACCGAAUGUUCAUUCAAUUGGUUGCUGAUUUCGUGUCCGGUGCAGUGUUAGGCGCAUCUAUUUCAACUGUGUUUUUCCCUUUAAACGUCGUUAAGAACCAUAUGCAGAGCAAGGUUGGUGUAACCUUUGAGAACCCUUUCUAUGUCUUCCAUCUAGUUUGGCGGAAACGCCAGAAGUCAUUAAGGAUGCUGUACCUUGGGGUUCAUCUAAACUUCACUCGUUCACUGCUAGCUUGGGGUAUUACAAAUUCUGUGUAUGAGUUGCUACGUCGGUCUUUCAAACCAUGCGAGGACGACACAUGA